GAACAUGGCAGUGUCCUGAACCUAUUGGUUCAACGAUGUUAUAUGACGGCGGACCAGGCAUGUGGGGCGGUACUGCGCACGCGUGUUACAGCUUUUCAGUGUUACCAGGGUUUCGUGUUUCAGAUGGAGUGGAUGCUUGAGUAAUUUCGUGCUGCCUUCACGAAACACAGAGAUGAAGCUGGAUAAACAAAGAUCCAGGCACACAACGGAGAGGGAAUUUGGGGGGACCUUGGGUGCCACAUGCAUCCCUGUCCUGCUGCCGCUGACUGUGCUUUACCUGCUGAGUGUAUGUCGCUCCCCGGGGGCAAGCCUGCUCCAGUGGCCCCCUCCCCUGCCCCCCACAUCCCAGCUCUGGGACCCCGUGGCCCCCAUGCUGCUGCUUGGAUGGCUGGCCCUCCAGAGCUUUCUCUAUAUGUUACCCGUGGGAAAGGUGGCUGAGGGGAUGGUGUUGCGGGAUGGAUCCAGACUGAAGUACCCUAUCAAUGGGUUCCACUCUUUCUGUAUAAGUGCCAUAUUGCUGGGACUGGCACUGUGGCUGGGGAUGCCCCUUGGAUACCUAUUCGAGUUGUUGUUUCCCUUGGCAGUAUGCUCAAUGGGCAUGUCAUUCCUGCUGUCCCUCUACCUCUACCUCCGCUCAUUUUGGGCACCAUACCAAGCCCUUUCCUUGGGGGGAAAUACAGGUAACCCCCUCUAUGAUUUCUUCAUGGGGCGUGAACUUAACCCACGAAUUGGACGUUUUGAUCUCAAAUACUUCUGUGAGCUUCGGCCAGGUCUGAUGGGUUGGGUUGUGAUUAAUCUGGCGAUGUUAAUGAAGGAGGUCGAGUUACGAGAAUCCCCCUCCUUCGCCAUGCUAUUGGUCAACGUCUUCCAGCUGCUUUAUGUGAUGGAUGCAUUAUGGAACGAGGAGGCUGUGCUGACCACCAUGGACAUCGUGCACGACGGCUUUGGGUUCAUGCUCGUGUUCGGGGACAUGGCCUGGGUUCCAUUCACCUACAGCCUGCAGGCCAUCUUCCUGGUCAUACACCCGCAAUCACUGAGUGCCGUCGGAGGCAUCGCUAUCAUCGCACUUAAUGGUAUGGGGUAUUAUAUCUUCCGUAGGUCAAAUUCCCAAAAGAACCAGUUUCGACGGGACCCCACUCAUCCCAGUGUAGCAGGCCUGGAAACCAUUGCCACAGCAACAGGGAAACGCCUCUUAGUGUCUGGCUGGUGGGGACUCGUCCGUCACCCUAAUUACCUUGGGGACCUGCUCAUGGCCACUGCUUGGUCCCUACCCUGCGGCGUGUCCCACCUUCUGCCCUAUUUCUAUAUUAUCUAUUUCACCGUCCUGCUGAUUCACCGGGAGGCUCGGGACGAGAAGCAGUGCAGGCGCAAAUACGGGCUGGCCUGGGACACCUACUGCCGAAGGGUGCCCUACAGGAUCAUCCCCUACAUCUACUGAGCCAGAAAGGGGCCGAUGCUUGGCUCACAAACUCCUCAUCCACGUGGACAGGCAGCAUUUUUGUACAUGUGUUGAGCCUGACUGGACUGAAUCAUAGCACACUUUGUGCUGUUGCUUGGAUUAUUCAUUAGCUCCCGCAAAUCAUGAUUUUAAGGCAAAGGUUGAGAAAUGAAAAGUUGUCAAAGGUUCGCAGAAGGGUUGUAUUAUAAAGGACGAGUGCUUUACUUGAAUUAUUGCAGCGUACCGAUGGGCAUUAAUGCACACCAACCGGUGACCGCAACUUCAGUCACUGUGCUAGCCAACAUCCCUCUCAUGUUCUAGGCUGGUGAAAACCUCCAACCAAGCAAUACCCUGUUCCAAUAUAUAUGGCAUUCUCAAAACUUAUUUUGCAUUGACUGAACUGAACCAAUGCAAACUAUGACUGACUGACCAUUAUUGCUCUGUGCCUUUCCUCAGAUUAAAAAAUAUCUUGAACUGAA